ACUAGCCAUGUUCCGGAGACGGCCUUGCUGUCACUCCAAGUUUAUGCCCGACGCCACAUUCACAAUGAUGAGUACAUUGGAAUGGUGAGCGGCCGAAUUGGGGCAUUUAUGCAGAGCUCUGGAUGUAGGGCAUUAAAAUAUUGUGCUACUGGCUAUCAUUUACCUUCAUGUGCAGGCUGUGAUAGGCAGCUCGUUGUGUUCGACAAGCAGAGCCAAAGAAAUCUGGAGACAAAACUUUCAUUUCGAAUGACGCGAAGUUCGACCUCUCAUGGAAGCGAACACGGCGGGGAUUCUAUGUGUUCGUCGUCGCGACAAUCUAAGGAUUUUAGUUCACAGCAGCAUGUUGACGUCGCUGAUCGUGCUGUCGCGGCGAUGAUAUCGCCCACACCGAAGGGUUGUGUGCAAGGGGACACUAAUCCACUCUCUGUUCAAGUCGUAACAAGUUUCGUUGAUGACACAGCGGAUGCGUUCCAGCCCCUCUUGUCAGGGAUCACCACUUUUGUUAAAAUUGCUCGCACUUUCGCAGAGGCCCAUCCGUACACCAAGAUGGCGCUCAUGGUUCUGACUGCAGGCUACGAGGUUAUACAACGGCAGCUCGCUCGUGAUGAUAGUAUUCGACGAUUAGCGUCCAUCAUGUGUGAGAGCUACGGCCUAGUAUCGAAUGCCCCAGAUUUGUGCAAUUUCCAUGGUCAAGCGGAGACCGUAAACUUGCUCGCUCGUCAAACAAUAGAGUGUGCAUACUUUAUUCGUGACUAUGCCAUUCAUAAAAGUGGACUGAAGCAUAGCAUCGCCAAUGUGUUUUCGAACAUCGAUGAAACCAUCCAGAAUUAUGAAGCUGCCUUCAGAAACAUCAGGACAGCUCUGGAGCAAAAAGCUGUUAUCAACACUCAAUUGGUCGUUUUUCGCAUACAUGAUGCCUUGAAGGACCUCGCCAUUAAAGUAGAUCUUGAUACCCUACCUUACGCGACUGGCGCCUCGUACCAUGCGCAGAGGAUUUACGAUAUCUCACUGGAGGAUAUCCAUGUCGCUGAGAUCUCGGACUGGGUAAAUGGCAAGAGCAGUGAAGCAAUCUAUCUGCUGAUCGGGCCUCACGGAUCCGAGAUCAGCGCAGUUGCCCAUGCUGCAGCUCGCCAAUUCGACAACAUAUCUCGUCUAGGAUCGUCAUACUGUCUUGACAGAACACGUCAAGGUCAGAGAAAGCCGGCUAAUCUUUUUAGCACGAUCGCUCGGGAUCUUGCAGAUCACGACCCUGAGUUCAUGGUUUGUCUCAGGGACAAGGUGAAACGGCGGGCAAUAGGCUCUUCCCCACAUAUUCCCACGCAGUUCGACUUCAUCCUCGCACCGGCGCAACAGAUGACGAGCUUGGGACCUGUGCUUGUUGUAAUUGACGGGCUCGACGCAUGUGGUGAUGUUAAUUCACGUACGGAGGUUGUCUCUGUCCUAAAGGAGAAGGCGAAAGUUCUCCCGCCUAGCUUCAAAUUCUUGAUUACCUGCCUGCCGGAGACUGAUGUAGCCAUCGCCCUCCGCGACGAACCCCAUGUCCUAGCCAAAGAGCUUGAUGCGGUUGUUACCGUACAACCUCGUGACAAUGGACUGACCACAGUCAGAACUAAACCUCGCCCACUCACCCCUCCAAUCCAGACCGAGUUGUCACAAUCCGAUUAUUUCUCUUUCUGCGGAUCUGCCUCAAGUGCUGUUUCGUCAAGUAGCAUAAGCUCCCUCGCGCCUUCCAUUUUCGAUGAAGGACUUCGUACCUUUAGCCCUGAUACAUCGUCUCCAGCAUCCAGUGUCACCUCAUGCACGGAUGCAGGGUCCCCAAAGCGGUUCGUCGGCACAUUCAAACACAUCGAGACUAGAGAAAAGGCAAUUUCCUUUGAUGAAGCUGGUCUGCAGACUGUUACGCACACAUCCCUGAAGCAAACCGUUAAGCAGCACGUCAGUUCGAAUCCGCGUCGUGUCCAAUCAUACACCCCUAUUCUUGAUGAGCCAAAUGCUUGCUUAUUCAUUCCCGGGCCUACUGCUCCAACCGAAGACAACUUGGCGGUUGUCCCUCCUCGAUGUGAUAGCCCUCGUCCAGCAAGGCGGAGACGUACACCCCGACAAGAGACUAUCAUCCGAAGCGAGAUACAAACCACCGGACCUCAGUCUAUCACUCUUCUUUCGCCAUGACAAUUUACCAGAUAUUCUACUGAGCACACCUCUUCGGAAGAAGGUUGGGGGGCCUGACUCGAGUCAUGUUUUGGUCGAGAGUGUCAUAUUUCUAUGUACUUGUAUCAAUAUGAUGUUACCCGCACCAUCGUGGUGGUUUUCAACGCUGUCAAUAGCAAUACUCCCAUGUACACCAUACACAUUUAUUCGUACUAUACCUGUAUACUGCCUUGCAAAUACCACUCCCAGAUUCGGCACUGACUCCGGGACCCCCAAAGAAGGGGUCAUAUAAUAGCCCAACGUGAACUUCCGAGUUUAUUACUCUUUUCCGACGAGUUUGAAACGACGAGGAGGGUGUGAUAACACGGAGAAGAGAUGGCAGGAAAAGCCAAAGCACGGUAUGUGGCCUCUUAAUCUAGUGACUUUCUCUUGACAAUGGCCUUGUGG